ACCAUGGAAACAUUUUCGAGCACGAGGGGCUAAAUUUUCCGUGUCAAAAAUGUCCUAAAUUUGCGAUGAAUCUGAAAAAAGAUGGGGUUGGGGUUCCGGGAGUGAGUCUGACGAAGAAGAAGAGCGUGCUGUUAGUGCAGGGGCCGCCGCCGCCCCCGGGGCAAGACGAGAAACCCGCCGGCGCCCCCAAAACCGACGUCGUUGAGCGCAAGGCCACUGUCCUCGAGAAUCAUGGUUAUUCCCUCGGCAAGACCAUCGGCACCGGCUCUUAUGCCACCGUUAAAGUUGCAAAUUCCGAACGGCACAAAACUCAUGUUGCCGUUAAAAUUGUGUCCAAAUUUCAAGCACCUCCGGAUUACUUAAAAAAAUUUUUACCUCGUGAAAUUGAAGUGGUGAAAGGCCUAAAACAUCAACACUUGAUUAGAUUCCUGCAGGCGAUUGAAACCACACAUAGGGUUUACAUCAUCAUGGAAUACGCAGAGAAGGGAAGUUUGCUGGACAUCAUAAGACGAGACUGUUAUAUUGAUGAGCCUCGUGGGAAAUUAUGGUUCCGCCAACUUGUUGAUGCUGUUGAGUACUGUCAUGAAAAAGGAGUAGUUCACAGGGACAUUAAGUGUGAAAAUCUGUUGAUGGACAGAGACUACAAUAUAAAGCUCUCAGACUUUGGCUUUGCUAGAGGGAGUAUGAAGCCAAAAAGUGGAAUUCCAAUAAUGAGUGAGACAUUCUGUGGAAGCUAUGCAUACGCCUCACCUGAAAUAUUGCGUGGCAUUCCCUAUCAGCCUCAGCUAUCAGAUAUUUGGUCAAUGGGUGUUGUGCUUUAUGCAACGGUCUAUGGGCGGUUACCAUUCGAUGAUUCAAACUACAGCCAGUUACUAAAACAAGUUCAAAGUAAAGUAACAUUUCCCAAAGAACCGAAAAUUUCAACAAGAUGCCGCACCUUAAUACUCCAAAUUCUGGCACCGGUCAAGCAACGAAUACGACUAGCAGGUAUCAAAAAUGAUCCUUGGCUCACGGAAGUAGACAGUGAGUUGCCUCAAGAUGACGCCAAGCCCCCGUUAACAGAUGAUGUGAGUGGCCAGACCUCCUGCGUAGAAACAGCAGAGGAUGAUCUAUCCUCCAGGGACAGAGGAGGCAACUCUUGUCUAGCAUCAAUGGAAUCCUCCAAUUCAACAAUCAUCCAGGCAGAAACAAAUGAUGCAAAAGAACAGUUGCAAACAGUCAUGAGUCAAUCUUUUUCUGACAUCAGUGCUGCACCGUCCCUCCGAUCAAACAUGACCGGACUGUCCAAACUAAUAGGAUUGAAGCGUUUAGCUAAGCGGUUCAUAGUAAGAAGAAAGUCAAGAGCAUCACGAUGAAAAAUUCCAUUGAGGGGUUGAUCAUUAAACAUCUCAAUGUUUAUCAACUUUUGAUGGAGCACCCUGAUCAUCCUCUACAUUAAAUGAUGCAGGCAUUGAUGUUCCUUCGCCUCUUCAACGAUUAGUCAGAUCUGAGGAAUCACCAACUACCUAAGUCUCGUACUUUGCUGCGCAUCCUGUUAUCAGCAACCCCGAAUCUCUCUCCCUCCGUCCUCUACUUUACUUCUAAUUACACACGAGGUGCCUCAUUCAUCUUUCUCCACAGGAAACCUAAUUAAUGGCUGCACUGCUGCUGUCAAAUGGCAACCAGAGACAGACUAAAACUGGCGACGCUGCCAGGCACAAUGAAACGAACCGGUUAACCGCAGAAAACCUUCAAAAAUAAACAAUCAGCAUUUUA